GGCUAAAUGUGAAGCAUGGCUGCCGGGGAAGGCGAGAAGAAACCGGUGCUGGAGAUGGUCCAGGCUGAUGGGGCCGAUGAGGGCUGUGUGACAUUUGUGCUGCAUGAUGAGGACCAUACACUUGGCAACUCCCUCAGAUAUAUGAUCAUGAAGACUGCGGAUGUGGAUUUUUGUGGCUACACCAUCACCCAUCCAUCUGAGAGCAAGAUCAACUUUCGCAUUCAGACACGAGGGGGAAUUCCAGCCACAGAGCCGCUGAGGAGGGGUCUGAAUGAUCUCAUUGAUGUUUCUCAACAUGUUCUCAACACAUUUCAGGCGAGAGUUAAUGAGUUCAAAGAGAAGCAGGAGAAGCAGGAGCAGCCCAUGGAAUGAAAAGCAUCACCUAUGUGUGACUAUUUUUUUUACAAACUGUAGAAAUGUGUUCCCAUUUUUUCCCUUUUUUUAUAUCUGUAAGGUAGUUUGAAAGUUUUCCUCACUAAUGUGAUGAUGUCACAUUCAAACAUUUGUACAGUUUUUGUUUUUUGAAACAUGUUGGGAUGGAUGGAUGGAUGUGUGGUCCAUCAUGAAUGUAUAUGAUAAAUGUCUGUUCAUCAAUCCUGGAUUUUUGGAAUGAUAAGUGAGACAUUAAAUGUAUUUAACAAAGAC